GUGUCUGGCUGUCUGAUGUACACCGUCCUCGUGGCAAACGCUACAACCAUGAUCGCAAACAUCGACCCAGCAGCCAAGGAGUACAAGAGCAAAAUGAGCCGUCUGGAGCACUACAUGGCCUUCAUGAAGCUCCCGCCAGAGCUGCAGCUUCGAAUCAACAACUACUACCAGGCUCGCUACGGAGGGAAGUGGUUUCAUGAGAAGGACGUCAUGGACACGGUGUCCUCAGCGCUCAAAGAGCAAAUCCUGAUGGUGAUGUGCAGCCGGCUGCUGAGAAAAGUACCAAUGUUUCAGAACAGAGAUGAAAACUUCAUCAACGCCAUCCUCCCCAAAUUGGAGUACGACGUGUUCCUGGAGGGAGACGCCAUCGUCCGACAGAACGUCCCAGGCGACCGAAUGUUCUUCAUCGACCACGGCCAGGUGCUCAUGGAGACCGAUUCCUACGAGAGGGAACUCUGUGACGGAGACUAUUUUGGAGAGACGUGCGUGCUGACCAAAGGCAAACAUCUGGCCACAGUGAGGGCGCUGACCGACUGCCAGUGCUUCUCUCUGUCCUGGGACGACCUUCAGGAGGCGCUGGAGGGCUUCCCAGAUGUCAAGAAGGACUUAGAAAAAAUGGUUCAGCUCGACUCUGAUGGUGGGCUCGUGUAAGACCAAAACCAGUACACUGGACUUUUUUACUGUACGAAAAGGACAGGAGGUGCGGAUAUUUCCUGGACAUUUAAUGUGAUUGUGUGAUGGACAUGGACUGUGGCUGAUUCCUCGUGUGGACGUGAGUUGGACACUUUGACGUGAUGGACAGUUUCAGAGCAUUUCAUUCUGACUGGUAAUUAUUCAGCAAUAAACAAAGACCUCAACAGUGAAGACGGGUCAAACUUUUGAUCUCUGCUUCAGUGUUUAUGUUGCGAUUAGCGUUGAUGUUUGGCAAGUCAAUGAGAUUUGGAAAGCCUUAAGAAGAAAUUCUGAUUUAAUGCAACUUGGACUUUAUUUUAUUCUAUUAGAAAAAACAACAUUGUACUCACCAGGUUUAUUGCUGAACUCUGGGAAAACAGUAACUAAAAUAAAAUAAAAGACUAGGCGAGAAACAGACCCCCUUUUCACCUCAUAUUAAAAUGCGUUUUGGAUGAUUGGAUUCCAGUUGGAUAGUGCUUUGCCACAUGAAAAUACAGUAACACAGUACAUGCACCCAAAACGCAAUGAGGACGGCUUGAAACCCAAUCGGCCAAACGGCCAUUGUGACCACAAAUUCAAUUGUGUUUUAAUUCAAAUACAACAACAAGCUUACGUGGGUGGAAAUUCAUAAUCAUGCGCAACUGUUUC